AUGGUGUGCAACGUGGAUGACCUGGACUUCCACCUGCCCUCACACGCCCAGGACAUGCUGGACGGCCUGCAGCGCCUGCGCUCACAGCCCAAGCUGGCCGACGUCACGCUGCUGGUGGGCGGCCAGGAGCUGCCUUGCCACCGUGGCCUCCUGGCGCUGAGCAGCCCCUACUUCCACGCCAUGUUUGCGGGCGACUUCGCCGAGAGCUUCUCCGCGCGCGUGGAGCUGCUGGACUUGGAGCCGGCCGUGGUGGCACAGCUGGUGGACUUUGUGUACACAGGCCGGCUGACCAUCACGCAGGGCAAUGUGGAGGCGCUGACGCGCACUGCCGCGCGCCUCCACUUCCCCGCCGUGCAGAAGGUCUGCGGCCGCUACCUGCAGCAGCAGCUGGAUGCUGCCAACUGCCUGGGCAUCUGUGAGUUCGGGGAGCAGCAGGGCCUGCUGGGCGUGGCUGCCAAGGCCUGGGCCUUCCUGCGGGAAAACUUCGAGGCUGUGGCACGAGAGGACGAGUUUCUGCAGCUGCCCCAAGAGCGGCUGGCCGCCUGCCUGGCCAGCGACCUGCUGCAGGUGCAGCCAGAACAGAGCCGGCUGGAGGCCCUUCUGCGCUGGGUGCGUCACGACCCGCAGGCCCGGGCCCCCCACCUGCCUGAGCUGCUCGGCCUGGUGCACCUGGACGCCCUGCCGCAGCCCUGCUUGCAGCAGCUGCUGGCCUCGGAGCCGCUGCUCCAGGCAUCUGAGGCCUGCCAGGCGGCUGUGUCCCGGGGCCACAGCGUGGCACUGGUGCUCCCGCAGAAGCUGGAGGAGGUCCUGGUGGUGGUGGGCGGGCGGGCGCUGGAGGAAGAUGAGGAGGCUGGUGAGGACCCUGAUCCCCGCCCUGGGAACUUCGCCUUCUACAACACCAAGGCCAAGCAGUGGAUGGCACUUCCUGACUUCCCCGACUACCGUAAGUGGGGCUUCUCGAUGGCGGCACUGAACAACGACAUCUACGUCACAGGUGGCUCUAGGGGCACGAAGACAGACACCUGGUCAACCACACAGGCCUGGUGCUUCCCACUGAAGGAGGUGGCCUGGAGGCCCGUGGCACCCAUGCUGAAGGCCCGCACCAACCACGCCAGUGCCGCGCUCAACGGGGAGAUCUAUGCCAUCGGUGGUACUACUCUGGACGUUGUGGAGGUGGAGAGCUAUGACCCUUACACCAACAGCUGGACGCCCAUCAGCCCAGCCCUCAAGUAUGUCAGCAACUUCUCAGCUGCAGGGUGCCAGGGCCGGCUUUACCUGGUAGGGUCCAGCGCCUGCAAGUACAACGCCCUGGCCCUGCAGUGCUACAACCCAGUCACAGAUGUGUGGAGCGUGAUCGCCUCGCCCUUCCUCCCCAAGUACCUGUCCUCCCCCCGCUGCGCAGCACUGCAGGGCACUCUCUACCUCAUUGGGGACAACACCAAGAAGGUCUAUGUGUAUGACCCUGGGGCCAACCUGUGGCAGAAGGUGCAGUCCCUGCACAGCCUGCAUGAGAACGGUGCGCUGGUACCCCUGGGGGAUGCUCUCUACGUGACGGGCGGCCGCUGGCAGGGCAUGGACGGCGACUACCAUGUGGAGAUGGAGGCCUAUGACCGCACGCGCGAUGUCUGGACCCGCCACGGCGCCCUGCCCCGCCUCUGGCUCUACCAUAGCGCCUCGGCGGUCUUCCUGGAUGUGGCUCAGUGGACCCAGCCCUUCGGUGGUGCCCUGGAGCACUAG